CACUUAUCCUUUGCACGAUAUUUCCUACUCCACAAGGCAAUUGCUGCUGGUGCUAUUACUACUAUUAGCGUAUUUUACUACUACUAUGACAACUAGAGCUCCUGUAUCAAAACCCAUUCCUCGCUCCUUACAAAAUAUCGCUCAGGAUCGAGCUGGUUCUUCCUUGCGCGCUUUUGAGAUCUCGCAGAUCAAGAAUCGAUACAAAUCGUCCUUCAUUGCUAUUGCUCCUACUUCCUCUCCUGCUACUUCUACUGCAGCUAGUGUCGGUGGCAAUGACAAUGACAAUGAUAAGGAUAAGGAUAAGGAUAAUAUCUUGAACUACUGCGAUCAAUUUCAACUCAAGAUUUACCCCAGCGAUCCCGACUUCCCAUACGAGAUUGAGUUUCUUCAUAUCCAGUUGUCAGUCCCCACGGAUUAUCCAACCUCGCCUUGUAGUGUCACUGUUCUCAACAAAGAUAUACCUAUAGGAUUUGCUACCAAUCUUGAGCGUGGAUUUGCGGAGGCAGCAUUGCAAAAAAGAUCAUUGUUGGCUCAUCUCAACUGGUUAGAUAUCAAUAUGGAGCAACUGCUCCAGAAACCGCCUGCACCUACCAUUCGUUUUAUAGGCCAUGGACAUGGACAUCAGCAAUCUCAACAUCCUUCUGCUGCUGGGUUACCAUCAUCAACAGUGCCCACUCUUCCUCCUCCAUUACCAAAUUCUGUUCCAAAUUCAACAGUCCUGUCCUCCUCGACUGUGCCUUCAAUACAACGUCAAGAAAUAAACCCAGUGUCUUCUUCAAAAACCUCUGAGACGUCUAUACCAAAAACUUACACAGCAGAGCAGAUCAAUCAGGCUUCGCUUCAACGCCAAAAGCAGCUGAACCAGAUUCAAACACGUUUCCGUUCAUCGUUUUCGACUAUCUCAUCCACGGAAUUUCAGAUCUCGCUAGAUACAAUUGACAAGAGCCGCAUGCCAGUCAUCUGGGAAGGCCCUCUUUGGAUUAACUUGCUAAUCCCUAAUGAAUUCCCUCUUGAGCCUUGCGAGAUUCGCUUGAAGCAAAAUGGCCUUAAUCCAGAGAUUGAGAUGUGGCGCGCAAGAAAUGUUGAGCAAGGAUUCCGCGAUAUUGCCAAAACAAUGAACCAACUAUCGCUAUUUCAACUUCUGAAUCAGCUUAAUCGGGAUCUCAAAGAACUCCUCAGCAAUACUGUACUUCCUUCUCAAAGUCCUGCUCCAUCUGUAGCAACCGGCGCUCUCGGUAUUAAUCAAGACGACAUGCAGAGUCAGGCAGGAUCCUCCUCUGCUGCCAAAGUACUUUCAGCCUCAAGCUCCACGGCUCGUAUUGGCACUACUAAUUCAUCGCCUCAACGUGAUCCCAUAUCUGAGUCAGAUCGAACCAUGGACCAGACAAAACCAAAACUGAUCUAUGUCAAUGCGCCCAACUAUCCUCCACGUCGAAACUUUGAUCAAUAUGAAGAUCACGGAGCCGUGACGAGUGAGGACGAUAAUGAACGAGAUGAUGGUUCUCAGCAUAGUGAUAUGGACAUAGGGUCGUUAUCCCGUAAUGAAGACUCAAAUAAUGAUGAUGACGAUACCGAUAACGAUGACGAUGACGAUGACGAUGACGAUGACGAUGACGAUCAGCAAGGAUCCUUGAAUACGUUAAAUGGACCAAUAGUGGAUGGCACACCACCCAAGAGAGGCAUCGAGAUCCGUAUGCCUGAUCUCAAGCUUGAACAUAUAUCAUUGCUAUAUUGUCGCUCAUUGAGUCUAUUAGUCAAAUGCAAUCGUUGUAAGGGACUGUUUGAGAUCCCUGAUAUCCUCCCAAGUGAUGGAGGGGGACCACCAUUGUCAGCGCCUGGUAGUAAAUCCAACGCACCUACUGAUACCCGCAAAUGGAAAGUCUGUGAGAAUUGUCAGUCGCUUAUGGGGGCCCAUUUCCGAGUAGAGUACAUCCACAUGCAAUCUCGCACUAUCGGCUACCUGGACUUGGCAGGCUGCACAGCGUUUGACAUAUUGCCCUCUAUCUUUGUUCCCACCUGCAGCGAGUGCGAUCAAAUCCUUGGUACUACGGCUAUUACUAGUGAUCUCUCCACUGCUAUGAGUACUACAUCUAUUGAUGACUCUACAUCGACGUCCAACUCGAAACUAUCUGCAAACAAUCGCCAAAACCCAGCAUCUGCCCAAGUACUGCCGUCUGUAGCAGCAGGCUUCAGACAAAGGGUUGGACGUGGCAUGUCCGCCACUGCCAACUGUCGAAAAUGUCAUUCGCGGAUGACUUUUUCAAUGGAAGGCGAGAUCAAGUUUGUGAAGCUUAGUCCGGGAGAUCUGAUGAAAGCUAAUGCUUCUACCCUGGAGCAGCUUCCACUCAAGAAAAAAGCUGCCAUGCGCAAGAACAAGAACGGCCUUGAUUUUGAACUCAAAGUUGGUGAACCCCUCCCUCGAAAGGGAGCGUGUGAUCAUUAUAAGAAAUCCCGACGCUGGUUCAGAUUCCCGUGCUGCCAAAAGAUUUACCCCUGCCAUAUCUGCCAUGACGAAAAGGAGUCUGGCUCCCAUGAAUGCGAUUACGCAAAACGGAUGAUCUGUGGUCACUGCUCACGAGAGCAGGUUGUGAGUGACAAGCCCUGUGUCUGUGGUGAAAGUCCAGUCAAAAAGUCCAGUGGUGCUAGCGCAUUCUGGGAAGGAGGUGAAGGUAUGAGGGAUAAGACGCGGAUGAGCCACAAGGAUCCUAGGAAGUACCGUGGUACCAAUAAAACUGUUGCAAAGAAGCAAGUGGGCGCUGAAAAUAUGAGAAAAAGAGCGCACAAGGCGGAAAAAUGAGCCAGAUAUUUUUUCUUAACCGGAG